CGCUUAUUACGAGCCAAAGCAAAGCCAAAGCAGCAGUCGAGAACCGGCCUCUCACCACGACGAUCGUUAUAUCGUGUAUAGUAGUACAUACAACACAGGCAGACGGAUACUACCGAAGCCGCCGCCGCCGCCACCGCCAUCCGCCAUCGUUACGCGCGUGCCAUUACUCCUUUUUCGUAUAGAUCAACAGAAACGGCGUUGAACCGAGCAGUUCCGCGAUUACUACUCGCCGGUGCCGCCGUGUCUUGCUGCUACUGCCGAUGCUCGAUGCCACUGGCACUUCCUCGUCGCUUCAACUAGACUGAAUUAGCUGCUGCUGCUGCUGUGUAACUUUUUUGAAUCGCCCUCGACGACAGUCCCUCCCCCCUUGACGUUCCGAGGGAAUCGGCUGUAAUUGUGCGACUGUCGUGUCAUGAGCGAGUAGAGCCAAAAAUGAUGAGGAGGAGAGGUGCAAGACAACAAGGAAACUCCGUAAACGAAGGAGCUAUACUUUUGCUCUUCGUCUCAUUAACUCCAAUUAUAUGUUCAGCUGGAAUUUUAGAUCCGUGGCAAUGGGCCCGAAGCGACAGAAUAGAAGUCAACAUCCCCUGGUUACCAUUCGAAAACGAGACACGCUGUUAUGACGAUCUUGGAUGUUUAAAUAUUACCAGAAGUUGGUAUCAUCUAAUUCAUCGACCGCUAAAUGUUUUCCCUUUACCUCGAGAAGUCAUCAAUACAAGAUUCAUACUUUAUACAAAUGAAAAUCCUACCGAAGGCCAAGUAUUAAUUGUAGGCAAAGAUAAGUCUAUCAAACGAUCAAACUUUAACUCAAAGAAAAAGACCAAGUUUAUUAUACAUGGUUUUAUAGAUACUCCUCUAAGUAAUUGGGUUAAGGAAAUGCGAAAUGAACUGCUCAAACAUGGAGAUUACAACGUUAUUAUAGUCGAUUGGGCAGGUGGUAGUUUACCACUGUAUACACAAGCUACAGCAAAUACGAGACUUGUUGGACUUGAAAUAGCACACCUCGUCAAACAUUUACAGAAAAAUUAUGGACUAGAUCCAGGUGAUGUCCACCUGAUAGGGCACAGUUUGGGAGCCCACACAGCGGGCUACGCUGGCGAAAAAUUAAAUGGAAAAAUUGGUCGUAUAACAGGGCUAGAUCCUGCCGAACCUUAUUUUCAAGGCAUGCCUAGCCAUCUCAGAUUGGACUAUACUGAUGCUCAAUUGGUCGAUGUCAUACACACGGACGGCAAAAAUAUUUUCUUCCUUGGUCUACCUGGCUACGGUAUGAGCCAACCUUGCGGUCAUUUAGAUUUUUACCCCAACAACGGCAAAGAACAACCUGGAUGUACCGACUUGAGCGAAACCACACCGUCAUUACCUUUAACUCUCAUUCGGGAAGGAUUAGAGGAGGCCUCGCGAGUUCUCGUGGCGUGUAAUCAUGUACGCGCAAUUAAACUUUUCACCGAAAGUAUUAACAGCAAGUGCCAAUACGUGGCGCACGAGUGUGGAAGCUACGCAAGCUUCCUCCGAGGCGAGUGCUUCUCUUGCAAAAGCAACAAUAGUCUCAGCUGCGGAAUUAUGGGUUACCACGCGGAUAAUAGUCCCGCCUUGGUACGGAGAACUCAAUUGGGUCAAGACAUCAAUGAUCUAUUAGGCUCCAAGUUCUUUUUUUCAACCGGCAAAGACGAUCCUUAUUGCAGGCGGCAUUAUAGGAUAACAGUUAAUUUGGCAAGACCUCCAACUGCUGAAAGUUGGGUUCAAGGAUACAUGAAAGUUACACUUCACGCUGACAACGGAGUAAUAAGAAACAUGGAUUUAACUCCCAACAAUUACAUGAAACUUGAACACGGUACAACAAUGAAAAUGGUGGUAGCUCAUCCGGGAGGAUCCACGGGGGAACUUGGAAAAAUAAAAAAAGUUGAUUUAUCAUGGACUUAUGACAUGGACGUUCUGCAACCACGUUCUUUGUGUUUUUUCUGGUGCAAUGAUAGAUUGUAUGUGCACAGCGUCGUCGUUGAUGUGAUGGAACUGGCUGGAAGAGGAAAACGGGAGGCAGAUUUGACUAGCAAACUUUGUUCAACAAGCAGACAAGAAUAUGUAGAAAUAGAUAGUGGAUCACAAGCUUCCUUCACAGAUAAUUGUUGACACUAUUAAAGGCAGGAUAUAAUCUAAAAUAACUUCCUACAAACAUUUUAAUACUGCCAAAAAGUUAAAACGCAUCAGUAUAAAUAUAUUAAGAUAUCAUCACCUUUUUUACUUGUUGACAAAAAAAAUUAAGAUAUAAGGAGAUGUAUCUUGAAUUUUCAAUUAUCAUGUGAUCGUAAUCAUUUAUUUUAUUUAUAAAUAAUGUAAAUAACUUGAUUGUAUUAUAUUUUAGCAUAUAACUGCUUCAUAAAAUCAAUAACAUAAAAUUUUAGAGUUUUAUACUGCUAUUAGAAUAUAAAAAAUUUUGGCCCAAAAUUCGUGUUGUAGAGGGCUCUAUUUAAUUUUUCAUGGGCUUUGGACAGAAAUAAGUUUUAGGAAUAUGACGAAUAAUCUGUGCAACUAUUCUAAUAGAUGUACACUGAAAUAAAUAUUGAAUAAGAUGAUUUUUACUGCACAAUGACUUUUAAAAAAGUAGAUACCAGGGCAAUAAAAUUAUAAUAUACUGAAUAAAGGAACGAAAUUGACAUAAGCUACAUGAAAUACAACACAUUUUCUCGUAUUAAAUAUUAAGUAUAAUUAACUAAUUACCCUUUUAAUGUUUUAUGACAAACAAAUUUACAUCGCCCAGUGAUUCUAAAUUGAAAGCUGACAACAUACUGCUGUAUAUAAUGUUUAAAAUAGGACUUUCGUGCAUUUAAAAUAAUACAUAUAUAAUUUCAGAUUAUAAAAGAUCGUAAUUAUAUGAAAAAAUUAUAAAUGUAUGUAACAUGUUAAAAUUUAUCUGAAAUUCCACUCUACUCUUUAAGAGAUAGGUAGAUCAGUAAAAUCAAAAAUAAACUGUUAAAGUGUAAACGAGUGCAAAAAUAAUAUUUACUAAGUGGCUGGUUUUAGUAUAUACUGUAACAUUCUUUUUAAAUUUAUUUACUUGUAAAAAAAAACUAUUAGGAUUCGGUCAUUGUAAACUGUCC